AUGUUCCGAAAUGUGUUCGAUGCUUUGGGCCUCCGAGACACCGAUCUAAAGACCCACCAGCACGACGUGGUCGGCUUAGGAGACAACUUCAUCAAACAUGAUGGGAUAGUCUCCUUGCCAGUAUCCAUAGGAGGAGGACAGGGGAAGAGGUCAGUAAUGACAGAGUUCGUCGUCCUAAGAGACUCCACGGCCUACAACCUCAUCCUGGGAAGAAAAACCAUCAAUGAGUUUAGAGCAGUGAUCUCUACAAAGCUACUGAUGAUGAAGUUUGUUGCUGAUGAUGGAUUGGUCAGAUCCAUAAGGGGAGAUCUAGAAACAGCGGUUGCUUGCGACAACGCCAGUCUCUCCUUAAGGAAGAAGUCCAAAGAAGCAUCUGGGGUCUUUCUAGACGACCUAGACGCGCGAGUCGACGACAAGCCCAGGCCAGAACCCGAAGGCGACCUCAAGAAGUUUAGGUUCAGCGACUCGGAAGAAAAGUUUACCUUUGUAAACAGGAACCUCCCCCAUGACUUAAAAGAAGCAUUAGCGGCAAUGAUCCAAGCAAACGGGGACCUGUUCGCCUGGACACCAGCCGACAUGCUGGUCCUGGUUAAGAACCCCAAUGGGAAAUGGAGAAUGUACGUGGACUAUUUCGAUCUCACUAAGGCAUGCCCCAAGGAUUCUUUCCCCCUCCCUAAUAUCGAUGCUCUUGUUGACGCGGCUGCGGGGUACUGGUAUCUGAGUUUUAUGGACGCAUACUCGGGCUAUAACUAG